CGCGCUCGCGGUGCAUUGUGGGCGCUGUAGUCCGGCCGGAACCUGUUUGCGACCGCGAGUCCCAUGACAGCGCUUCUCCUCACACCCCAGGCCGCAGUGCCCCUCCCCAGCCUCGGCCGGGCCUCCCGGGACCCAGGCGCGGCGUUCCAGCUAGUCAGCUGUUUCUCCCCUGGGCUUGGAGGCGGAAGCUUGAGGGACGCGGGGAGGAGCUUCGCGUGCGGGGUGAACGCCCGCUCUACGUGCUCGUUCGCUUCGCGACCGCGGCGCGCGAGCCCCGUGUCCCCACGGCGGGCAGCAGCGGCGGCGUCGGCUGAACGCGGAGGGGGCGGAGGGAGCCCGCGGCGGCGGCAGCAGCUACAGCGAAAUGGCGGAGACCGUGGCUGACACCCGGCGGCUGAUCACCAAGCCGCAGAACCUGAAUGACGCCUACGGACCCCCCAGCAACUUCCUCGAGAUCGAUGUGAGCAACCCGCAGACGGUGGGGGUCGGCCGGGGCCGCUUCACCACUUACGAAAUCAGGGUCAAGACAAAUCUUCCUAUUUUCAAGCUGAAAGAAUCUACUGUUAGAAGAAGAUACAGUGACUUUGAAUGGCUGCGAAGUGAAUUAGAAAGAGAGAGCAAGGUCGUAGUUCCCCCGCUCCCUGGGAAAGCGUUUUUGCGUCAGCUUCCUUUUAGAGGAGAUGAUGGAAUAUUUGAUGACAAUUUUAUUGAGGAAAGAAAACAAGGGCUGGAGCAGUUUAUAAACAAGGUCGCUGGUCAUCCUCUGGCACAGAACGAACGUUGUCUUCACAUGUUUUUACAAGAUGAAAUAAUAGAUAAAAGCUAUACUCCAUCUAAAAUAAGACAUGCCUGAAAUUUGUCAAGAAGGGGCAAAAACGUGACUAUUAAUGAUCGAUAAGCACCAGUGAAGAAGUUCUAACUUUUAGCAUGCUGCACAGAAACUGGUAUAACAUGCCUUCAGUAUACUAACACUCAUAUGCUCAGUUUUGUUUUGUUUUGGCAGUUGACAAGAAGUUAAUUUGCUUUAGUAAAAAUCCCUAAUUCCAGCCUUUCUAUAUAAAUAGCUCUUUCUUGCUGUUUUAAUGUGGUGCACACUAUAGCCUCACAAACCUGUUAUUCCAGUGUAAUCUGCAGUGUCGUAACUAAAGUUACUGGCUUGGUCUUAUUUGCACAGUUUUUGUGUCUUGUUUGCUUCUUGCAUCUGAUUAACUAGAAUAUUUCUCUUUCCCCCUUUUAAUGUGUGAUGUCAGUUGACCCAAUUUAUGUGUAGGAGCACUACACCAUUGGUUUCCAAUACUGCACACAUAAGAUACAUACUUGUGUGCAGAAAGUAUCUUCCUUCAGGCUUGUAAUACCCUUCACAUGGAAGAUUAAUGAGGGAAAUCUUUAUAUUCUGUAUAAAAACAAAAGCAAAUUUAUAUACUAAAAUCAUUUGUCUAAAAAUUUAAGUUGUUUUCAAAUAAAAAUUAAAAUGCAUUUCUGAUAUGCA